AUGAAUCGUGGACAGAAAUGUGUGAACAUAUAUGUAAGCCUAAAUAUGAAAUUUUCAAACACGCCUACUUCACCACUUGGGCUAGUCCCACAGGAAUUUGUUAUCUCAAAUCUUACAGAGAAACUAGCCCAUGGACUAAGAUCAUGGGCAAGCUCUCCUAAGACAAGAAUGGGUUACACCAGGAACUUGCUGCCUCUCAUCCGUGAAUCAUUUAGGUCAUCCAGCCACACAUAUUUGCUAACAGCAAAUAACCAAAAUUCGCUAGCUUAG